CCCAGUGCGAGGAUGAGCGAUUCGGACGAAGGCAGCGCGAGCGGGUCCGAGGCCGCGGCGCCGUCGCCCGCGUUCGCCGUCUACUACGAGGGCGUCGUUCGGCGCAAAGCCGGCCAAAAGACCUUGAAGCCAUGCCGGCUGCAAGUCCUCGCUGGCGGCCUGCUCGCCGACGUGGAGCGAGACCGGAUGUACCGCAUUUUGCACGUGCACGAGUGGCUCAUUGACAAGAAGCUCAAGGGCGUCGACGCCGAGAACGUCGGGCUGCGUGUCGACUGCCAGCGCGAGGUGCGUGGGAGCGGGUCCGACGACGACGACGGCAAGGCCGGGAAGGUCACGACGCUAUGGCUGGUGCUGGCAAAGGAAGCCGACCGCCGGCAAUGGAAGCUCUUCUUGCUCGCAUCGCUGUAUCCCGAGAGCAAGGAGGCGAGUCAGGCGCUGCAGUACCUCGAGCAGGUCGCGCAGCAGGAAAAGAUUCGCCAAGCCGAGGUCGAGCGCCGCGCGCGCAUUGCGACAGAGCAGCAAGAGCACGAAGAGCUGCAGCGCUCCAAGAGCCUUCGCCUCAAAGCUAAGAAGAAGGCCAAAGAAAAGGCUGCCAGAGGCCCCAAGAGCGACUGGAAGGCGUACGAAGCCGAAGACGGUCAAGUCUACUACUUCAACGCGCGCACCGGGGAGAGUAGAUGGGACAACCCCGAAGUACCGGUGCCAGUCGUCGUUGCCUCGCUUGCUGUCACCGCUUCGCCGGGCCUCGACCGCCGUCGGUCGUCCAAGAAGAAGCCCAACGAGUCAGCAUCGCGCCCGACACCCGAUGACGCACCUGUCGUCAUGAGCGACGACGAGCCGACCGCGGUCGUUGCCGUCGAGCCACAGCCGGAAGCCGCCACCAAACCACCGUCGACCAAGAAGCUUCGGUUCGAAGAUGAAACCAGCGAGGACGAUGCGCCAACGAAGAAGACGAUGGCGUCGACCCUUGAGAAGCUCCUUGGCGCGGGGCCGCAGCCCAUCAAUCGGUCGCCCAGUGCGAACGACGACGUUGUUGACACCGCCGUCGACGCGACCGAAGCGGUGGACCCGACGCUCUCGACAGCCGAACGCCUUCGGCUCAAGCGCCAGCAACGACAAGGCAGUCUGUUUGCGAUGGAAGAGGACGAUACCGACGCCUUUCUGCGGGAGCUCGAGCUCAAGAAGCAGGCGCAAGCCGCCUCAACGGCCAACAACAAGGACGCGGACAAGGACGCGGACAAGGACGCGGACAAGGACGCGGAUCCCUUUUCAUUUCCCAUGGACGAGUGGGGCGACGUCGAAGCCCAAGUGCUGCAAGAAGCUGCUGCGGUGACCCACACAAGCAACGACGUAGCUCCUACGCCGCCAGUCGAUGAGGUUCACGAGCCGGUCGGCGCCAAACGAGCCAAUCCAGCAAAAAAAGCGAAAAAAAGCAAAAAAGCCGAAAAGAGCAAGGCGCCCGUCCCGCCGUCGCAGCCAGCGCCACCGGUCGCAUCUGUACUGCCGCUGCAAAAGCCACGCAAGAAAAUGAUUCCCAAAAAAAUCCAAAAAAUGAAGUCGAAAAAAGCCGUGCUCGAAGCGUCGACGUCGUCGAGCGACGAGCCGCUUGCGGCACCGGUGGCAACCACCAAGCGCAGCCGGUCGACCAAACCGACCAAGAAAGUCAACGUCCUCGACGACAGCAGCAGUCCAAACGAGGCUGUCGCCGCGACAACACCCGUUGUCGACCACGUCGUGCCAGACGCGCCACCGUCGUCGUCCCUCUUGCCCAACAGUCCCGAAGCGUGGUCGGAGCACACGGCACCGGACGGGCGCACGUACUACUACAACGCAGUCACGGAGAAAAGCGUAUGGAUCAAGCCCGCCGAGCUCACACCGGUGCAAGCGCCGCCGUCCCCGCGCGCCGACCCGCCGCCGUCCCAGCACACGGCGAUUGUCGCGUUCGAUGUCAAAUCUGCGCGUCCCGUGACCGAGCUGCUGCCGCCACAGGUCGACACGCAAGACCUCUCGAUCUGCCCGCACUGCAAGGCCGGGCCGCCCACGCAGCGGUGUCUCGAGUGCGCGACCAUCUUUUGUGACGCGUGCGUGGUCGCGCAGCACGAGCGGUAUGGUACCCUGCUCAACCAUACGCUGGCGCUCGUGUCGGUGCCGUUUUGCCAGUGCUGCGAGUCGGCGAGCGCGACGCAGGAGUGUCUCGAGUGCGUCCAGCGGCACCUCUGUGACGCGUGCGCGUCCUUUGUGCACCGCAAGCCGCCCAAACAUACGCACACGCGCCGUCCGAUCCUCCACCCGCCGACGACACCCGUCCGACCGUCGACGCCCGUGCCGUCACCGCCCGUGCCGUCGCCAAUGACGCCGUUUCCAGGGGGCUAUGCGAUGCAAGCGCCAGGCUUUCCGAAUAUGCCACCGGUGGUCAUGAUGAUGAUGCCGCCCAUGAUGAUGAUGCCACCGCAAGGCGGCUACGGCAUGUUUGGUGGCAUGCCGGGACCGAUGCCGGGACCGAUGGUAGGUCCCGAAGCGCCGCCGUCGGUGUACGGACCGGCUCCGGCCAAGCAAGAGCCGACGACACUGCCGCGGUGUGCGACAUGCGCUGGCUGGGGCGUCGACCUCGUGCAGGACAGCGGACGGUGCCGCCACUGCGAGCGGCUCGGUGGUGCCAGGGCACCGACGGCCACACCGACGUCGACACCGGCAUCGGCACCGAGUGGCCCCACCAACGUGGUGUUUGAGCCCAAGACGGACCUCGGCGACGUCGAGUGGGACGACGACUCGUCCGACGGGUGGGCGUCCGACUAGUCAGUGCCAACAUAACACGUACACAUUGUCAUGUGUUACUCGCCAUCGACGAUCCCA